AUGAAAAUCGAGGUCUGGGAUUCAGAUUAUUCCUUUUCGGACUUGGAUGACCUUUUGAUGACAUUCGAGGAUAAAUCUUACAAAUUCACUGUGUAUCCAUUCGAUGCAGCUGGCAGCAGAGGCUCUCAUGGUUUAUCAGAUUUAUCAUCCUCUAAUCACUACAGAAUAUUUCGAAAUAUACUUGAGGGAAAUAUAACCAUGUACAUUGCGCUGCAUUCCGGAAAUCGGAUUCGCCACUAUGGAUGCAGUAGUUCAACUGGUGAGAAGAUAUGUCUUCCUGGAUGGAUUGGUCAAGAAUGUGAUAAAAUCGAUCACUGUGGUAUGGCAGAGUCGUGUGGCCUUAUGGGAACUUGUGUUAAUUCACCUGCUGGUUAUUAUUGCACUUGUAAAUACAAUUUUACAGGGGUCGAUUGUUCAGAACCUCCAAACCAAUGUACUCCAUUUCAAGAUUUCUGUCAGAAUGGGUUUUGUCUGUUGAAAUACUUUGAUGAGGAGAAGAGAAUGUUGUCUGAACCAAUUCCAUAUUGCGCUUGCUUGCCUGGGUUUACUGGAAAAUGGUGUGAAUUGGAUAUAGAUGAGUCUUCACCCACCUGUAAUUUAAAUUCAUUGUGUGAAAAUCUAUAUGGGAACUUCCAAUGUUUUUGUAAAAAUGGUUGGACUGGUGUGCAUUGUAAUACACCACCAGCUACAUGGCCUGAUGAUUAUCAACCAGUAAUACGUUCGAAAGGUCUACCUAAUUUCAUACCAUUGACAAAGAAGAAUUUUACAAGCAUUCCACAAAAGCGUCACUCUGAAACAUUGAUAAUAGAGAAGUCGAAUAACAACUGGGUUUUUAUACUUCUCAGUUUGUUAUUUGGACUAUGUACUGUUUUCUGUGGAAUAAUAUAUUUUGUCUAUCGUCAACGUCAACGUCUAUUCAGUGCAUACAACUUCGCUGGAGUCGUCAACCCAUCAUUUAAUGAGUGUAUAGAAGAAUCUGCAGUAAUCUGGUAGUCGAAUACAAUGAUAUGCGUGUUUUCCUACAAUUCGAAAUCCAUCAGUUCAACUUACUCGCUCUCGUACCAAUGUUUCUUCUCAUACUUGAAUCCAACACAAACGAGGUUGUAACAAGCCACUGAGUCCAACACAGUUUUGCUGACAUUCUCUUGCCAUAUCAGAUCUAAAAUGAAGUUAUUUGACUGUAUCAUCUUAUUGGGGAGAAAUAUAUAUAAAUUUGGUUACUCAUCCUGUUUCUAGACAGCGUCAAACUUGACUAAUGAAAUCAUAGCCUUCCUUUGGCUACUGCACGGAAAUCUGGAAGGUGAAAUGAGUUCAUUGAAUGCGAUAACUGACACUUCACCAAUGUGAAUUACAAAUCUUCCUCCCACUAAGAUUUGGAAGCCGAUGUGAGCAGGCUGUUUGUAAAACUCAGAUUAAGCGAAAUUUUAGUGAGACCUGUUUCUCUUGUCACGCAAUCUAAUUCCAGUGAGCAAUAGAAUUCAUGACUUUCACAUUCGCCCACUAGUAUUGGAUAACCUGAGUCCAUGCAACUUCACUCAAGCAUCUACACUGGUUCAUCUGUCAGUCCAUUGUGUUGUGCAUGUACUGUACCUAUGAAAGCACCAGUGCGUUGUUAACCUUCAUAGAAUAUUCGGAAAGCGUUAAAAUAUUGAAAGUGAACAUUUCAUUUCUCACCUACAUACACUGACCUACCACUUUUGAUUUGAUAGGCAACUGUAAUUGUGACUGUCUAGAGAAUAAAAAGAAUACUUAGAAAUCAUCUGUCAUAUAACUAAC